AUUUAUUACUCUGCCGCUGUUCAGAGGGUGGUGCUGGAACCGGAGAGCUCUGUCCGCCGCCGACACUUGCAGCCAUUUUACACAAGCGGAACACAAUCAUGUUGUGAGCAAAGCGGCACAUCACCUGGACGGGACAGACCCAGCCACCGCGUCUGGUCCACGACGAAGCGGUCAAGAUGGUGAAGAGGAAGAGCUUGGAUGACUCCGACCAGGAGUGUGGAAAUGGAAUACCGUUCCCUAUCCAGACCUUCCUGUGGAGGCAGACUAGCGCGUUUCUGCGACCGAAGUUGGGGAAACAGUAUGAGGCUUCGUGUGUGUCCUUUGAGCGCGUGCUGGUGGAGAACAAGCUGCACGGGCUCUCUCCCUCCCUGUCGGAGGCUAUCCAGAGCAUCUCACGCUGGGAACUGGUCCAGGCAGCCCUCCCCCACGUGCUCCACUGCACCUCCAUCCUGCUGUCCAACAGGAACAAGCUGGGUCACCAAGACAAGCUGGGCGUGGCGGAGACCAAGCUUCUGUACACUCUUCACUGGAUGCUUCUGGAAGCUGCGCAGGAGUGCCACGAGCCCAGCCUGGGCCAGGGCUGGUCAGGGAGCAGCAGGGCCUUCCUCCAGCCCCUAGGCAACCAGGGCUCCCCACCGGGCCCAGGGUCAGGCUCCGGGUCUGGGACGGGCUCGGGCCUCGGCCCCCGGCUCGGGGGCUCUCUGGAGGAGGAUGAGCACGCUCGCUCCAAGCUCUUCUACAAGAGCAUGGCCACCGUGGAGCUGUUCGUGUUCCUCUUCGCUCCGCUCAUCCACCGCAUCAAGGAAUCUGAUCUGACCUUCCGAUUGGCCAGCGGGCUUGUCAUCUGGCAGCCAAUGUGGGAGCACCGUCAGCCGGAUGUUCCCGCCUUCUCUGCCCUCAUCAAGCCAGUGAGAAACAUAGUGACAGCGAAAAGGAAUUCUCCCAUGAACAACCAGCGCAGUCCCUGUGGACCCAGGAACCCUGGCCCCAUGGGAUUCCAGGUGGUUUGUGAAACCGCCCAAUCAGAUUCAUCCUCUCCAGGUGCCGGAGAGCAGAGAUGUCGCCGCGGCAACUCUGUGGAGAAAGGCGGGCCCUCACAACAGCCCCCUCUGCUCAAAGGCGUCUCCAAAAAGAAGACCUCAGCCCCCUCCGGCCUCCCUGUCUCUCUGGCCCAGCGCGCUCGCUACGCCACCUACUUCGACGUGGCGGUGCUGCGCUGUCUGCUGCAGCCCCACUGGACGGAGGAGGGCGUCCACUGGGCCCUGAUGUUCUACCUGCAGCGCCUGCGGCAGAUCCUGGACGAGAGGCCUGAGCGCCCGCCCGAGCCCCUGGCCACGCCCCUGCCACGCCCACGCAGCAGUUCCAUGGUGGCUGCCGCCCCCUCCCUGGUGAACACUCACAAGACGCAGGACAUGAGCCUGAAGUGUAACGAGGAGGGCAAGUCUCUGAGCUCGGAGACGUUUGCCAAGGUCUCUCUGACCAACCUGCGCAGGCAGGCUGUCCCCGACCUGUCCUCCGACCUGGGAAAGAACCUCUUCAAAAAGUUUAUGAACCGGAGGGAUGACCGGGAGAGGAAGGGCUCCAUCCCGUUCCACCACACAGGGAAGAAACGUCAGCGUCGCAUGGGAGUCCCGUUCCUGCUCCAGGAGGACCACCUGGACGUGUCUCCCACGCGCAGCACCUUCUCCUUCGGAAGCUUCUCGGGCCUGGGAGACGACCGACGCGCCUUGGAGCGAGGAGGCUGGCAGGCCACCAUCAUGGGCAAGUUCACGAGGAGGGGAAGCUCGGACACGGCGGCUGACGUGGACAGUCUGAGCGCCAAACACUCCCACUCCCAUCACUCCCUGAUGCGAGACGCUCCCGACCACGCCAACAGCCACAGCGACAACACGGUCCGAGAGGGAGUGCGUUCCCAGAUCUCCACCAUCACCAUGGCGACGUUCAACACCACGGUGGCGUCCUUCAACGUGGGCUACGCCGACUUCUUCACGGAGCACAUGAAGAAGCUGUGCAACCCGGCGCCCAUCCCUGAGAUGCCCAACGAGCCGCUGGCGUGCGCCAACCUGCCACGCAGCUUCACCGACUCCUGCAUCAACUACUCCAGCAUGGAGGACGGAGAGAACAUCGAGGGAACCAACAACUUCAUCCUUAAGAACGGCAUGCUGGACCUCUCUGCGGUGUUGCGGGCGCUGCACGCCGUCCUCGCCCACGACAUCAGCUCCAGGAUCUGCGACGUCUCCCUCAACAUCAUCGACUGCCUGCUGCAGCUGGGCGUAGUGCCCGGCAUGGGCAAGACGCCCGCCAAGUCCGACGACAAGGAGAACGAAGAGACACGCCCCAAAGACGGGACCAACCAUGGCCCGGCGGGGGCCCAAGGGGGCGUGGCCGGGGGGACGGGGGCCGCAGCGCCGGGGGGAGGGGGGGGAGGAGGGGGAGACGACGGGGGGGGAGGAGGUGGUGGGAGUGGAGGCGGGAGUGGGGCCGGAAGCAAGGACGAUAUCAAGAGCAACAAGGAGAAAGACAGCAAGGAGGAGAGCUCCAGCCUCAGUUCCCACAGACUGGCUCUGACCAUGCUCAUCAAGAUUGUCAAGUCUCUGGGCUGUGCGUACGGCUGUGGGGAGGGGCACCGUGGCCUGUCUGGAGACCGGCUACGCACGCAGGCCCAGAACUGUCUGACCUCGCUGUACAAGCUGGACAAGCUUCAGUUCCGCCAGACCAUGAGGGACUACGUGAACAGAGACUCUCUCAACAACAUCGUGGACUUCCUGCACGCGCUCCUGGGCUUCUGCAUGGAGCCCAUCACCGACAAGUACGGCAGUGCAGGUGACAGGUCCCGGAGGGGCAAUAAGAGAAACCUGGACAAGGCUGGGUUUGGGAACAACUUCACCACGGGGGACAACAAGUCCCUGGCCCAGAACAUGGAGGCCGUGGUGGUGGGCUGCAUGUUCAAGUCUCUGAUCACACGUUGCUCGUCCACCACCCACGAGCUGCACAGCCCUGAGAACCUGGGCCUGUACUGUGACAUUCGCCAGCUGGUGCAGUUCAUCAAGGAAUCCCAUGGCAACGUGUUCCGCAGAGUGGCACUGAGCGCGCUCCUGGACAGCGCGGAGAAGGUCGCCAGCACCAAGAAGCCUGAGGAGAAGGAGGAGCCUAAGCCCCACGUGCCAAAGAGGUCAGAGGCAGGGUCCUCAGGAGAGAAGGGACUGGUGUCCACCACUGCAGACGAGUGUCGCAGCCUCAUCUCCAGUAGACCCCCACAGACACCAGAACAUGAGGAGCAGGUACCAGGGGCUCUGCUGGGCAGGAAGGACUUCUGGAGGAAGAUGUUCAAGUCACAGAGCGCCGCCAGCGACACUAGCAGCCAAUCAGAGCAGGACACGUCAGAGUGUACCACCGCUCACUCAGGCACCACCACCGACAGACGCUCGCGCUCGCGCUCUCGCCGCAUCUCCCUCAGGAAGAAACUCAAGCUGCCCAUCGGUAACUGGCUGAAGCGGUCGUCCCUCUCAGGCCUGGCUGAUGGGGUGGAGGACCUGCUGGACAUCAGCUCUGUGGACCGUCUCUCCUUCAUACGCCAGAGCUCCAAGGUGAAGUUCACCAGUGCUGUGAAGCUGUCUGAGGGGGGCACUGUGGAGUACGGCCGUGAUGAGGAGGAGAACUUCUUCAAGCGGCUGGGUAAAUGGAGAUCUGGCCGGAGGAACCCGUCCAAGCUCCACCACACAGAAGAGAAAGAUGGGCCUCAAGGGUUCCAGGAGCGCCUGGCGGCAAGCCAGGAGGCCAUGAAGAACAAGAACGUGGUGAACCUGGGCGCCAUCCGCCAGGGCAUGAAGCGCUUCCAGUUCCUGCUGAACUGCUGUGAGCCGGGCACCAUCCCCGACGCCUCCAUCCUGGCAGCCGCCCUCGACCUGGAAGCUCCUGUGGUGGCCAGGGCCUCGCUGUUCCUGGAGUGCGCACGCUUCGUCCACCGCUGUAACCGCGGCAACUGGCCGGAGUGGAUGAAGGGUCACCACGUGAACAUCACGAAGCGAGGGCUGUCCAGGGGACGUUCUCCGGUGGUGGGGAACAAGAGAAACCAGAAGCUGCAGUGGAACGCUGCCCAGCACUUCUGCCAGUGGGGAGACGCCAUCGGUACGAGGCUGAGUGAGCUGUGUCACUCCGACAGCGAGAGCCCUGCCAACAUCCUGGGCUUCAUCUACGACGAGGAGACCAAGAGAAGGAUGAAGAAGGAGGAUGAGGAGGAGGACUAUCUAGACGACAACACGGUGAACCCUACAAAGUGUGGCUGUCCGUUUGCCCUCAAGAUGGCCGCCUGUCAGCUGCUGCUGGAGAUCACAACGUUCCUCAGGGAGACCUUCCCGUGCCUGCCCCGGCCGCGCACAGAGCCCCUAGUGGACCUGGACAGCUGCCGCCUGCGUCUGGACCCGGAGCUGGGACGUCACCGCUACGAGAGGAAGAUCAGCUUCGCCGGCAUCCUGGACGACGAGGACGGCCACGACUCACUCAACAGCAGCAGCCAUACCCUCAAGUCUGACACGGCCUGCGAAGACAAGAAGGCCCAGGAGUCCCUGGCCCCCAUCAGGAAGAUCCGUAUCGCUGGCUCCCGGCUGCUGCAGAUCAAGGGGGCCAGGAGUUUCCGUGUUAAGAAGGGGGGGUCUCUGUCCUCCAUCCGGCGUGCGGGGAGUCUGAAGAGCACCAAGAUGUCCCGGCAGGACUCGGAGUCUGAGAACGAUGAGGGCCUGCUCUCCCAGAGCAGAGACACCGUCACGGACAUAGGGAGUCCCUGGAGUACCAGUGAGCCCAGCAUCGAGCCAGAAGGGCAGAGCUCUGGGGGAGCCGAGGACAACUACCACCGUAACAUGUCCUGGCUCCACAUCAUGAUCCUGCUCUGUAACCAGCAGAGCUUCAUCUGCACCCACGUGGAGUUCUGCCACCCUCGCUGCUACCAGCACCACAGCCGCUCCUGCGCCCGGCUGGUGCGCUCCGUCAAGCUGCUGUACGGAGACACGGUGGACAGUCUCCGCGACGACGGCGCCUCCGGGAACAUCGGGGCGCGCCCCAAGAAGAGCAAAGAGAGUUCUGACAAGUCGUGUCUGCGGACGCCGUCGAUGAAGAGACGACCUGCUGAGUCCAGCUCGGAGGGCAAGAAGGACACCAGCAUGCUGAAGUACAUUAGGAAUCAGGUGAUGAGCCUGUCCCCGGCCCCUCUGUCCCUGCUGAUCAAGGCGGCGACCAUCCUGACGGACGACAUGUACGGGGACAUCCAGCCGGCCGCCUGGGAGCUGCUCCUCAGCGUGGAUGAACACAUGGCGGCGGCAGCAGCCGCCAUGUUCCUGCUGUGUGCGGUGAAAGUGCCGGACGCCGUGACGGAGAUGAUGAUGGCAGAGUUUCAGCACCAGGAGGCGUGCCAGCGCAUCAACUCCGUGCACAAGUUCUACACCCUGUGGCGCUUCCGCUACCAGGUGUGGCCUCGCAUGGAAGAAGGGGCACAGCAGAUCUUCAAGAUUCCUCCGCCCAGCAUCAACUUCACCCUCCCCUCUCCUAUCCUGGGCAUGCCCUGCGUGCCCAUGUUCGACCCGCCCUGGGUACCUCAGAACACGGGCAGCGUCCAAGACCCAAUCAACGAGGACCAAUCUGUAAAUGAGGAGAACACCACGGAACACACCCCCACACAUCACAUGCUCCAGCCACCCCAGGCCGUUCCAGCAUGCAUCUGUGCUGCCGUUUUACCCAUAGUGCACCUCAUGGAGGAUGGGGAGGUGCGAGAGGAUGGCGUGGCAGUGAGUGCAGUGGCCCAGCAGAUCCUGUGGAACUGUCUGAUCGAGGACCCCGCCCUGGUGUUGCGUCACUUCCUGGAGAAGCUAACCGUUAGCAACAGACAGGAUGAGUUGAUGUACAUGCUGAGGAAGCUGUUGUUGAACAUCGGAGAUCUCCCAGCUCAGACCUCCCACAUCCUCUUCAACUACCUGGUGGGUCUCAUCAUGUACUUUGUGCGGACGCCGUGCGAGUGGGGCAUGGACGCCAUCUCGGCCACGCUGACCUUCCUGUGGGAGGUGGUGGGCUACGUGGAGGGCUUAUUCUUCAAGGACCUGAAGCAGACCAUGAAGAAGGAGCAGUGCGAGGUCAAGCUGCUGGUGACGGCCUCCAUGCCAGGAACCAAGACCCUGGUGGUGCACGGGCAGAAUGAGUGUGACAUCCCCACCCAGCUGCCUGUGCAUGAAGACACCCAGUUUGAAGCCCUGCUCAAGGAGUGUCUGGAGUUCUUCAACAUUCCCGAGGCCCGUUCUGCACACUACUUCCUCAUGGACAAGCGCUGGAACCUCAUCCAUUACUCCAAGACCUACGUCAGGGACAUCUACCCCUUCAGGAGGUCUGUCUCUCCUCAGCUCAACCUGGUGCACAUGCUCCCAGAGAAGGGCCAGGAGCUCAUCCAGAAACAGGUGUUUUCCCGUAAGCUGGAGGAGGUGGGUCGGGUUCUGUUCCUCAUCUCUCUGACCCAGAACAUGCCGGCGGUCCACAAGCAGUCCCACGUGUCCUUGCUCCAGGAAGACCUGCUGCGCCUGCCCUCCUUCCCCCGCACCGCCAUCGACGCCGAGUUCUCCCUCUUCAACGAGCCCCAGGGCAAGGAGCUGUUUGGGCUGGACACCCUCCACAAGGUGCUGUGGAUCAAGCUGCUGGAGGAGAUGUUCCUGGGCAUGCCCAGUGAGUAUCCCUGGGGCGACGAAAUGAUGCUCUUCCUCAGCGUGUUCAACGGCGCCCUGCUGCUGCACCCCGAGGACAGCGCCCUCCUCAGGCAGUACACCGCCACGGCCAUCAACACGGCUGUGCACUUCAACCACCUGUUCUCCCUCAGUGGCUACCAAUGGAUCCUGCCCACCAUGCUGCAGGCCUAUGCUGACUAUGAGAGCAACCCUCUGCUGCGGCAGGGGGUAGAGUUCUGCUGCAGACAGUUCUACAUCCUGCACAGGAAGCCCUUUGUCCUGCAGCUGUUUGCCAGCGUGGCCCCUCUGCUGGAGUUCACCACCAGCACCAGUACAGGCCUGUCUAAGGGGGUGUCUGCCCAGUGUCUGUUCGACCUGCUGGUGUCUCUGGAGGGAGAGACCCAGGAUGCGCUGGACGCUCUGGAGCUGGUGAAGGCUGAGAAGCCCUUACGCUCACUGGACUUCUGCUAUGGGAAUGAGGACCUGGCCUUCUCCAUCAGUGAGUCUAUCAAGCUGUGUGUGACCGUGGUGGCCUACGCCCCUGAGUCCUUUAGGAGUCUCCAGAUGCUGAUGGUGUUGGAGGCUCUGGUGCCGUGCUUCCUGCAGAAGCUGAAGAGGAACACCAUGUGUAUGGAGUCAGCCUCGGCCGCCAGGGACGAGAUCGCCGCCAUCGCCGCCCUGGCCACCUCCCUGCAGGCCCUGCUGUACAGCUCUGAGUCCCUCACUCGGCCCAUGACGGCACCUCAGAUAAGCCGCAGUGAACAGGGACACAAAGGAGCGACCGCAUCCAACCACACCAUGUCUGGAGGAGGAGCCAAUCGGGACAACCUGCACCAGCUAGAGGAGGGCCAGGGCCUGCCCAGGGAGGAGCUGGACGAGCGCAUCGCCAGGGAGGAGUUCAGGAGGCCCCGGGAGUCGCUGCUCAACAUCUGCACCGAGUUCUACAAGCACUGCGGGCCGCGCCUCAAGAUCCUGCAGAGCGUGGCCGGGGAGCCGCGUGUCAUCGCCCUGGAACUGCUCGACAUCAAGUCCCACAUGAGGCUGGCGGAGAUCGCCCACGCCCUGCUGAAGCUGGCGCCCUACGACACCCUGACCAUGGAGAGCCGCGGCCUGCGGCGCUACGUCACCGAGAUGCUCCCCAUCACCGAUUGGACGGCAGAGGCGGUGCGCCCCGCCCUCAUCCUCAUCCUCAAGAGGCUGGACCGCAUGUUCAACAAGAUCCACAAGAUGCCCACGCUCAGGUGCGCUCGCCCGCAGGCUCUGUGCACCAGGAGGCAGGUGGAGUGGGAAGCAGCCAGCAGUCUGAUUGAGGGCAUCUGUCUGACCCUCCAGCGUCAGCCAAUCAUCUCCUUCCUUCCUCAUCUCCGCUCUCUCAUUAACGUCUGUGUCAACCUGGUCAUGGGGGUGGUGGGUCCCUCCAGCGUGGCUGAUGGCCUGCCCUUGCUCCACCUCAGCCCCUACCUGUCCCCCCCCCUCCCCUUCAGCACGGCCGUGGUCCGCCUCGUGGCCCUACAGAUCCAGGCGCUAAAGGAUGACUUCCCUCUCAGUCAUGUGAUAUCGCCGUUCACCAAUCAGGAGAGACGAGAGGGCAUGCUGCUGAACCUGCUGAUUCCCUUUGUGUUGACGGUGGGCUCAGGCAGCAAAGACAGCCCUCACCUGGAGCAGCCCGAGGUCUUGCUGCUCUUGCAGACGGUCAUCAACAUCCUGCUGCCCCCGCGCAUCCUCAGCACCUCUCGCACCAAGAACUUCAUGCUGGACUCGUCCCCCGCACACUGCUCCACGCCCGGGGACACCAGCAAGGACCUGCGCAGGGAGGGGCUGGCCGAGUCCACCAGCCAGGCCGCCUACCUGGCUCUAAAGGUGGUCCUGGUGUGUUUCGAGCGGCAGCUGGGCCAGCAGUGGUAUCGCCUCAGCCUGCAGGUGAAGGAGAUGGCGCUGAGGAAGGUCGGCGGUCUGGCCUUCUGGGACUUCAUCGACUUCAUCGUGCGCACAAGGAUCCCUAUCUUUGUCCUGCUUAGGCCCUUCAUACAGUGCAAGCUCCUGACCCAGCCAGCCGAGUCUCAGGAGGAGAUCACAGCUCGCCACCACAUCGCCGACCAGCUGGAGCGUCGCUUCAUCCCCAGGCCGCUCUGCAAGAGCUCUCUGUUCGCCGAGUUCAACAACGAGCUGAAGAUUCUGAAGGAAGCCGUCCACAGUGGCUCAGCGUACCAGGGGAAGACGUCCAUCAGCACGGUGGGCACGUCCACGUCAGCGUACCGUCUGAGCCUGGCCACCAUGUCACGCUCCAACACGGGCACCGGCACCGUCUGGGAGCAGGAGAGCCAACCAUCACGCCAGCCCUCCCAGGACACGCUCAGCCGCACCGACGAGGACGACGAAGAGAAUGACUCCAUGAGUAUCCCCAGUGUGGUGAGUGAGCAGGAGGCCUUCCUCCCCAAGGUUCUGGCCCAGCGUCGCUUCUCCAGCCACACCACCGAGGCCCCUCACCCUGAACACCCCCGCAGCAACAUGCUGCCCAGCCACAGUGAGCCCAAUGUGCUAGAUGAGUCCCAGGGCCUGAUGGACGAGGGUAACCUGUCUAGAGUGGCCAGUGUCCAGAGUGAGCCGGGCCAGCAGAACCUGCUCCAGGCUCCGCUGGGACGCAAGAGAGGCCUCAGGCAGCUGCGGCGCCCCCUGCUGUCCAUUCCGAAGAGUUCCAACGAGCCGCGCAGUCGUUCUGGAGCCAGACUGUCCACCACGCGCAGGAGCAUCCAGCCCAAGACCAAACCACUGGAAACUUUAUUGGACUGUGAAGCCAACACGGACCAGAAGAGAUCAGUCACCUUCACGGAGACCCAGCAGCGGCAGGGGGCGGCGGCCCCCUCCAGGUCCCCCACCCCCAGCGGGACGGGGCCCCACCCUGAGAGCAGGAAGCCCAGCCCGGCCUCCACGGGGCCCCCGACUCCAACAGCCCCCGCCGCCUCUACUCCCACCUCGGGUGUAGAGGCCACAGUCAAGGCUGACCUUCACUGCCCUGCCAACACAAAGGAGACAACCUCCCUGGACAGCAAGGAGAAGAGAGAGCAAUGGAGCCUUCGAAGCAGUCUGUCUCCCCCUCCCUCCCUCUCCCGCGCCUCCUCACCCACCCCGCCCUCUCGCACCUGCUCCCCCCUCCCCCCGCCUCUCCCGGUCCUGGGCACCGCCCCCUCGCCCAGCCCCGCCGCUCCCCCGGCGCCCUCCCAGAUCCAGGAGAGUCCCGGGGACGAGGACACCAUGUCCCUGCUGCGCCACACGGACACCCUGCUGCACAUCAGCGAGGACGGGGGCACGGAGAACCCCCUCCUGGCCCCCCUGCUGUCGCCCCGCCGCUCGCCCCGCCGCACACCCCGCCGCCUGCCCCUCUCCCCUGUGGACCUGGACCUGGAUGAGUCCCACGUCUGAGGCCACUCUUCCUCGGCCACGCCAGGAGGCCGGCACCCGGCCUCUCCCCUGUGGGUGAGGCCGGGCCAGACUCUCUGUUCUUCUCUGUAGCUGUGUUGUUUCCCAGUCCAUACAAAUAAUUUUGGGUGGAAUCAUUGGAUUUAUUCAGCUAAAAUCACGCCAUUUCCUAC